GCUGAGCUUUGCUCGUGGCUGCGUCUGGAAGGCAAUUGGUCUGUUGUCACACCGGUAGCUCCCCGCUGACUGCGCAUGCGUGAGCGUGCUCACCCGUAUGUUGACGUCGCACGAAAAGCCCGAACCGAUCGCGCGGGAGCCCUGCGUCUGCGCGUUGUGAGUCUUGCGAGUCUUCCCCAUCUUCCCUGGCCGAGUCGCUCUUGUUGGGAAGUGAGCAGUCGCGCUAUUGCCCGGGCGGCCGUUGGUCCUCAGCGCCGAGUUCUGGAACCUUCCUGCGCAGGGAGCGCUCGGCCACACGGGCCGCUCGUCCGGAGAAAGCGUGCCGCAGGCCGAGGCCGGGAUCGGGGAACAGGCAUAGCAGGGCUUUGCGCCUCUAUACCCACGCUCAUGGCGGUGACGGUGGAGGAGCUGUAUCGUAACUAUGGGAUCCUGGCGGACGCCAAGGACAGCGUCGCCCAGCACAAGGAUGCGUACCAGGUGAUCUUGGACGGGGUGAAGGGAGGCCCGAAGGAGAAGCGCCUGGCCGCGCAGUUUAUUCCCAAGUUCUUCAAGAGCUUCCCCGAGCUGGCGGACGCUGCCAUCAACGCGCAGCUCGACCUCUGCGAGGACGAGGAUGUCUCGAUCCGGCGCCAGGCCAUCAAAGAGCUCCCUCAGUUUGCUGCUGGAGAGAAUCUCCCCAGGGUGGCAGACAUAUUAACACAGCUCUUACAGACAGAUGACUCUGCAGAGUUUAACCUGGUAAACAAUGCAUUGUUGUCCAUAUUCAAGAUGGAUGCCAGAGGGACGCUGGGAGGCUUGUUUACUCAGAUCCUGCAAGGGGAAGACAUCGUCAGAGAGAGGGCCAUCAAGUUCCUCUCCACCAAACUGAAGACUCUGCCAGAAGAGGUGCUGACCAAGGAAGUGGAGGAUUAUAUCUUCACUGAGUCCAAGAGGGUGCUGGAGGACGUGACGGGGGAGGAGUUUGUCCUGCUGAUGAAGAUCCUCUCGGGCCUGAAGAGCUUGCAGACGGUGAGCGGGCGCCAGCAGCUGGUGGAGCUGGUAGCGGAGCAGGCGUACCUGGAGCAGCACCUGAACCCCGCUGAUGCCGACAGCGUGGACCGCCUGCUGCAGUGCACGCGCCAGGCUGUGCCCCUGUUCUCUAAAAAUGUACAUUCCACAAGGUUUGUGACCUACUUCUGUGAGCAUGUCAUGUCCAAUCUCAGCACGCUGACCAGUCCUGUGGCUGAACUGGACAUUCAGUUAGAGGUUUUGAAGUUGUUGGCAGAGAUGAGCCCUUUCUGUGGGGAUAUGGAUAAAUUGGAAGCCAAUUUAUCCAUGCUCUUUGAAAAACUUCUGGAAUACAUGCCUUUACCCCCAGAGGAGGCAGAGAAUGGAGAAAACGCAGGCAAUGAGGAGCCCAAGCUUCAGUUCAGCUAUGUGGAGUGCCUUCUCUAUAGCUUCCAUCAGCUGGGCAAGAAACUUCCUGACUUUCUAACUGAUAAAGUCAAUGCAGAAAGACUUAAAGACUUCAAAAUCAGACUGCAGUACUUUGCUCGGGGGCUGCAGGUCUAUAUCAGACAAUUAAGAGUUGCCUUGCAAGGGAAAACUGGGGAUGCCCUGAAGACAGAUGAGAAUAAAAUAAAAGUAGUGGCCUUGAAGAUCACUAACAACAUCAAUGUUUUAAUAAAGGACCUUUUCCACAACCCUCCCUCAUACAAGAGCACAGUGACACUAUCGUGGAAACCAGUUCAGAAAGUAGAGGCUGCAGGUCUCAAACGUACCACUAGUGAUGAUACAACUUCCAGCACCCCCUCAAAGAAGCCGUCCCCCUUGCCCAAGAGGGACUCCCGGCAGAUAUAUAAUCCGCCAAGUGGCAAGUACAGUGGCAGCAUUGGAAACUUCUCUUACGAGCAGCGAGGAGGAUUCAGAGGAGGCAGAGGCAGAGGCUGGGGAGGCCGAGGGAAUCGGAGCCGAGGGAGGAUCUACUAACGGGAGCUCUGUGGAGCACGCCAGUCAAGACGCAGUGACGCCUGCUCAGAGCACCUGGGAGGGCACCUUUUAUACCAAUGCAUCUGUCUUUAUACACUGUCUGGAACAUGAUGAUCUCACCUGUUAUUUUUCUAAUCGUCCAUAAGCAAUGAGACAUUUUGGUUUCUGACCCUUAAGGAAUCCAAGGUUCUGAUUUAUUUUUUUCUAUAAACUUUUUCAAUCCGUUCACAUUCAGGAAGACUGUACCAGGACGCCUGUUUAUUGAACAUGCUUCUAUGGAACAAAAGCCUUUUGUCAGGCUCCAGUGCAAGGUUGUUUGACUCCCAGUGGACAGUUUUAUGUUUUUUAAAGUAGUUACUAAGAGGCCUACCCUGUGUUUUUAUUUGAUUUUAUACAGCUUUUUUUACAUGAAAGGUUUGUAUGGAGCAAUGAUGGAAUUAACUGUUUUUGCAUAUCUGAACAGCAGUAAUUUCCAAACAUCAGGAAAAGGACUCGCCAUUAACUUUAACCCCCCCCUUUUGUUUUUAAUUUGCUGGACGAAGUGUGCAUGAGAACACCAGGAUAAUGGGUGGUAGAAUUAGAUGGCUUUGGCCUCAUGAAGAAAAAAGAUCAGUUUAGUAAUAUCUUGUGAAUGUUGCAUUUUAUAACUUCAUUAGUUGUUCAUUCAUGCCUUGCCUAUGUAAGGGUUAAAAAAGACCAAGAGGGCACUCAUUUCUUUAUCCUGGUACAUUUCUGAAGACCAGGGCAAAGAUAAUUGGUAAUGUAUAGACUAUUUUGAAGGCAACAGUACUUAAAUAUUUUAGCAAUAGGCUUUUAAAGCUUUGUUGCCAGUGGAGUUUUGGAAAGUUGAUUCUGGCAAGUUUUGGUGUAAGAAAAAAAUGCUUUAAAACUUUGCAUGAUUUUUGUAUUGGCUUUUCUGUUACCGUAAGUGGUAUUUAAGAUGUUUUUCAAUUAAAACGAUGAAAUUUACACCAAG